AUGGCGGUUUUUGGAUUGCAAUCCUCGAAUACCAACGAUGAAAUUUCACGCUAUCAAGUUGGUCGUUAUGUGAACUGUAAUGAAGCGAUUUGGCGUAUAUUCGCAUUUCCCAUUCACGAACGUCAUCCUACUGUUAUACAUUUGGCGGUGCAUCUAGAGAAUGGUCAACGAGUAUAUUUCACGGCUUCGAAUGCUACGCAACGUGCUGAAACACCUCCAGCAACUACAUUGACCAGUUUUUUUGCAAUCUGCCAAAGCGAUCAGUUUGCACGAACUUUGCUUUUCUCGGAGAUGCCACGUUAUUAUACUUGGAAUGCUUCAUCCAAGAAUUUUCAAAGACGGAAGCAAGGUGAUGCGGUUUCUGGGUAUCCAGAUGUGCGUUCUACUGAUGCUCUUGGUCGUAUGUAUACAGUUCAUCCAAAGAAUGAUGAAUGUUUCUAUUUGCGGUUGUUGCUGGUAAAUGUGCGUGGGCCAACUUCAUUUGAGACACUACGAACUGUUAAUGGUGUAAUAUUCCCAACAUAUCGUGCUGCAUGUGAAGAAUUGAACUUAUUAGAAAACGAUACCCAUUGGGAUACGACAAUCGCUGAAGCCAUUAUCUCUGCAUCUCCAAGUCAGAUACGCACAUUAUUCGCUAUCAUAAUUUCGACAUGUUUUCCAUCAAACCCAUGUAACCUGUGGCACAAAUACAAGGAUAGUAUGUCAGAAGAUAUUUUACAUCAAAGUCGUGUCAGUUCCAGAAAUCACGAUAUUGAGAUGAAUGAGGAGAUACAUAAUCGUGCUUUACUCUUGAUCGAAGAUAUGUGUUACCUCAUGUGCGCAAUGACCAAAGUUUUAGCGACAUCGAAAAUCAUCAUCUGGGACGAAUGCACAAUGGCGCAUAAACGUGCAUUAGAAGCACUUAACCGAACAUUAAAAGAUUUACGCAAUGACUCGAGAUGUUUUGGAGGAGCAAUGAUUUUACUGUCUGGCGAUUUCCGCCAAAUACUGCCAGUAAUUCCAAGAUCUACGGCUGCCGACGAAAUAAACGCUUGCCUCAAAUCGUCAAGUCUAUGGCGCUAUGUGAAGAAACUGCAGCUGACAACAAACAUGAGAGUUACAUUGCUUAAUGAUACAUCUGCUGAAGAUUUCUCGGAGCAAUUGCUGACUAUCGGUAAUGGUCAAGUACCUGUCGAUGAAUCGAGCGGAUUAACAUCAUUUCCAAAUAAUUUCUGUAAUUUUGUCUCAUCAAAAGACGAACUUAUCAACAAUGUAUUUCCAAAUAUUAUUUCUAACUACAAAAAUAAUGAAUGGUUGAGUGAGCGAGCAAUUUUAGCGGCUAAGAAUAAAGAUGUAGAUGACCUGAACUACAUAAUUCAAAAUAAGAUCAUUGGAACAAUGCAUUCAUUCAAAUCUAUUGACUGCGUCACAAAUGAAGCUGAAGCCACCAACUAUCCAAUUGAAUUUCUAAACUCUUUGGACGUGCCUGGCUUACCACCGCACAAUUUACGCCUAAAGGUUGGCUCCGUAGUAAUCAUGCUUCGAAACAUAAACCAACCAAAACUGUGCAACGGUACGCGUUCGGUGGUUAGUAAAUUGAUGAACAAUGUAAUUUACGCUACGAUAAUGAUAGGAAAAUUCAAAGGAACACUGAUCACAUCGAUUUCUGGUUGUCUAUGGCAAACCAAAUUCAUAUAA